CCAGUGAUUCGAUUCUGAUAGAGCUCAAAGGAAGAUUUGGGAUAAAAAAGGACAGAUCGUGUCUGAUGGAGUUUCAGAGAUGAAUGAAUAUUUGGUUCUCGAAACCUCUUAUUGUUAUGUUGCCUCGACAAAUGAUAUUUGGUUGAAGAAAUAAAUCCAGAGAAACCCGAAGAAAAGAAGAUAUGAGAAAGCAUCGGUUUAGAGAGACAUUGAAGUCUUUCUUUGAGCCUCAUUUUGAUCAUGAGAAAGGCGAAAUGCUUAAAGGAACAAAAUCUGAAAUGGAUGAAAAGGUGCAGAAAAUCUUGGGAAUGGUUGAGAGUGGAGACAUCGACGAAGAUAAAUCUAAAAGACAAGUGGUUUCAGAGCUAGUGAAUGAAUUCUACAACGCGUACCAGUCUCUAUAUCGCAAGUACGAUGAUCUAACGGGAGAGAUUAAAAAAAAGGUCCACGGGAAAGGAGAAAGCUCUUCUUCAUCGAGCUCAGACUCUGAUUCUGACCAUUCUUCGAAGAGGAAGACCAAGAGAAAUGGAAAAGUAGAGAAAGAUGUAGAGUCUGUAACAGAUGGGCAAAUCGAAGCUGCUAAUCUUGAAAUUGCUGAUCUGAAAAAAAAGUUGAUACUGAGUGUUGAAGAAAAAGAAGCAGUAGAUUCUGAGCUUGAAGCAGCUUUGGUGAAGUUAAAAGAAUCAGAAGAGAUCAUCAGUAAUUUGAAACUUGAAAAUGAAAAGUUAGAGGGCGAAAAGACAACAGCACUGAGUGAUAGCAGAGAACUACAUCAGAAACUGGAAGUUGCGGGAAAAACAGAAACUGAUCUGAGCCAAACUUUAGAAGAUAUGAAAAAGGAAAAAGAUCAACUGCAAACUGAAAUAGAUAAUGGUAUCAAAAGAUUUCAAGAAGCUGAAAAAGUUGCAGAAGACUGGAAAACAACGAGUGAUCAGCUCAAAGAUGAGGUUGCUAAUUUCAAGCAGCAGCUAGAAGCAUCAGAAAAGCGAGUUUUGGAUCUGACCUGCGGAAUGGAUAAUGCAGAGGAAGAGAACAGAUCUCUAUCCUUGAAAGUUUCGGAGAUUUCAAGUGAGAUCCAACUGGCACAGAACACUAUACAAGAACUCACUUCCGAAUUGGGAGAGAUGAAGCAAAAAUACAAGGAAAAAGAGAGUGCGCAUUCUAGUUUGGUGGAGUUACAUGAGACACACGAGAAAGAAUCAUCGAGCCAAGUGAAAGAACUAGAAGCACGAGUAGAAUCAUCAGAGAAAUUAAUUGCAGAUUUGAACCAAAAUUUGAAUGAUGCAGAGGAAGUGAAGAAACUGCUCUCUCAGAGAAUCUCAGAAAUCUCUAACGAGAUUCAAGAGGCGCAGAACACCAUACAAGAGCUCAUGUCCGAGGCUGAACAGUUGAAAGAGAGCCACUGUGUGAAAGACAGAGAAAUGUUCGAUUUGAGGGACAUCCAUGAGACUCAUCAGAGAGAAUCAUCCACCCGAGUGAGUGAAUUAGAAGCACAACUAGAAUCAUCAGAACAGAGGGUCUCUGAGUUGAGUGCAAGACUGAGUGAUGCAAAGGAAGAAAGCAAAUCCAUGUCCUCGAAGAUCUUGGAAGCUACAGACGAGCUCAAACAGACGCACAACAAGGUACAAGAACUGAUGGCUGAAUUGGCAGAGUCGAAAGAGAUACACAUACAAAAAGAGAGUGAGCUUUCUAGUUUGGUGGAGGUACACGAGGCACACAAGAGAGAUUCGUCAGGUCGAGUGAAAGAAUUAGAAACACUGGUUGAAUCAGCAGAGCAACGAGUUAAAGAUUUGAACCAGAGCCUGAACAGUGCUGAGGAGGAGAAGAAGAUGUUAUCUCAGCGAAUUUCAGAAAUGUCGAACGAGAUCAAGCAGGCGGAGAACACCAUACAAGAACUCAUGUCUGAGUCCGGACAGUUAAAAGAGAGCCACAAUGAGAAAGACAAGGAACUUUUCAGUUUGAGGGAUAUCCAUGAGACUCAUCAGAGGGAAUCAUCCACUCAACUAAGAGAUUUAGAAGCGCAACUGAAGUCAUCUGAACAAUGUGUUUCGGAUUUGAGCGAAAGCCUGAAGAUUGCAGAGGACGAAAAGAUAUCCAUGUCCACCAAAAUCUCAGAUAUUUCAGAGGAGCUUGAAAGGGUGCAGAUCACAUUACAGGAACUCACAGUUGAGUCAAGCAAACUAAAAGAGCAGCUUGCUGAGAAAGAAGCAGAACUUUUACAUGUGACGGAGAAGGAAAGUAAAUCACAGGUGCAAAUAAAAGAACUAGAAGCAGCAGUAGCGACCCUUGAGUUGGAGCUACAGUCAGUUCGUGCCCGGACAGUAGAUCUUGAGACAGAAAUUUCAGGAAAGACCACUGAAGCUGAGCAACUGGAAGCGCACAACAGAGAAAUGGUUGCUAGAAUCUCGGAACUUGAGAAGACAAUGGAAGAGAGAGGAACUGAACUCUCUGCUUUAACCCAAAAACUUGAGGGUAACGAGAAGCAAUCAUCAUCCACAAUUGAGAGUUUGACAGCUGAGAUUGAUGGCCUAAAAGCAGGACUAGAUUCAGUGUCUGCUCAAAAAGAAGAAUUAGAGAAGCUAAUGGAGAGCAAAGGCGAUGAAGCUGCAAUGCAGAUUAAGGGUUUGGCGGAUGAGAUCGAUGGUCUCAGCCAGAAAGUGGUCUCACUUGAAAGCCAGAAAGCAGAACUAGAGAUCCAACUUGAGAGGAAGUCUGGGGAGAUCUCUGAAUAUAUGAGUCAGAUCAAAAAUCUAAGAGAGGAGAUCAAAAGCAAGGUCAAAGAUCACGAUAAUAUUCUUGAAGAAAGAAAUUGUUUAUCUGAGAAAAUCAAGGGUCUUGAAUUUGAGAUAGAGACUUUACAGAAACAGAGAGGUGUGCUUGACGAGGAGCUAAGAACUAAAACAGAAGAGAUCCUUCAAAUGCAGGAUAAGAUAAACGAAGCUUCUGCGGAUACAGUGGCCUUAACAGAACAGAUCAACAGUCUGCAGCGUGAACUUCAUUCUCUGCAGGUGAAGAAGAGUGAAACCGAAUCAGAGCUUGAUAGAGAGAAGCAGGAGAAAUCAGAUUUGUCUAACCAGAUCAUCGAUGUCAAAAAAGCAUUGGUAGAGCAAGAAGCUGCUUACAAUACGCUGGGAGAGGAACACAAACAGAUCAACCAACUGCUAAAAGAACGUGAGGAAACACUUAAUAAGCUAACAGAGGAUCACAAAGAAGCCCAAAGAUUAUUGGAAGAGACAGGUAAUGAAGUAACAUCCAGAGAUUCUGCAAUCGCAGGUCAUGAAGAGACAAUGGAGAGCUUGCGUAACGAGCUGGAAAUGAAAGGAGAAGAGAUAGAAACUCUCAUGGAGAAGAUCAGCAACAUCGAGGUUAAGCUACGUUUAUCGAACCAGAAACUGAGGGUAACCGAACAAGUGCUAACAGAGAAAGAGGAAGCUUUCAGGAGAGAAGAAGCUAAGCACUUAGAGGAGCAAGCACUGCUUGAGAAAAGUCUCACGGUGACUCAUGAGACUUAUCGAGGUAUGAUAAAAGAGAUAUCAGAGAAAGUGAACACAACACUAGAUGUCUUUCAAUCAAUAUCGGGAAAACUCACGGAGAAGCAGGGGAAGUACGAGAAAACGGUAAUGGAGGCAUCAAAUUUACUGUGGACUGCGACGAAUUGGGUGAUAGAGAGGAAUCACGAGAAGGAUGAGAUGAAGAAUGAGAUGGAGAAGAAAGAAGCGGAAAUAAAGAAGCUUGGAGAGAAAGUAAGAGAAGAUGAAAAGGAGAAGGAGAGGAAAGAAGAGGAAAUAAAGAAGCUUGAAGAGAAAGUAAGAGAAGAUGAAAAGGAGAAAGAGAGGAAAGAAGAGGAAAUAAAGAAGCUUGGAGAGAAACUAAGAGAAGAUGAAAAGGAGAAGGGGAGGAAAGAAGAGGAAAUAAAGAAGCUUGGAGAAAAAGUAAGAGAAGAUGAAAAGGAGAAGGAGACGAUGAAGGAGACUUUGGUGGGACUUGGAGAAGAGAAAAGAGAAGCAAUAAGGCAAUUAUGUGUGUGGAUCGAUCACCACAGAGGUCGCUGUGAAUAUCUUGAAGAGGUUUUGGCUAAGACUGUUGUGGGUCGAGGGAAAAGACAGUCACAACGAGCCUGA